UCGAAGUUCUGGCCAAUCACCGACCGGUUCUCGAUACAGCUAAUAACAGCGAGUGGUUGGCGAUUCGGAGUUUUACGAUCAAAGAUAGGCUCGGGUUCUUGCACGCGAUCGACCCCCUGUUGCAGUGGUCUACUGGAGUAGUCGCUCUUCUCAGGCGAGACCACCGACUCGCUACGCUGAACUUGCUCGGGACAACCUUCGACGUCUCCCGAAGUGGAUCCCUCCCACCUCCCGAUCAUACCCGAGCGCGCUCGAUCACGGCCCCGUGGUCUGUGAAAUCGUCCCUCGUUUGAAUUCUAUUUAUUUUCUUUAUCAAUUCACAGCUCAAUCGACCAGGGGCUUUUGUUGUUGUCAAACCGUUUUGUCCCGGUUGGUUGAGUGCAGCGAGCGACCGUAGUACGCGAAACCUCGCGGGACAGGACAGACACGGAUAGCACCACCGCCACUCCCAGGGGGAACCCGUAACAUAAUACAUUGCAGCACACCAGUUCGUCAAGACUACCACAGUGGCGUCACAUCACGAGUACCCGAGGGUUGCGGGUUCGGAUCCCCCUAUGGACAGGAUGACCACGAUGGCUAGUAUGGGCAGCAUGCAGCAACACCAUGGAGAUUCAGGCGGUCACGGUGGAGUGAACCAGCUCGGCGGCGUCUACGUCAACGGCCGCCCGCUCCCUGAUGUGGUUCGGCACCGCAUCGUCGAGCUGGCGCACCAGGGAGUGCGUCCCUGCGACAUCUCCCGCCAACUACGAGUGUCCCACGGCUGUGUCAGUAAGAUUUUACGAAGGUACUAUGAGACAGGCUCAAUCAAGCCGGGUGUUAUCGGAGGCUCCAAACCUAAGGUGGCGACUCCGAAGGUUGUUGAAAAGAUUGCCGAGUACAAGCGACAGAACCCCACCAUGUUCGCAUGGGAGAUCAGAGACAGGCUACUGGCGGAAGGCAUUUGUGACAACGACACAGUUCCCAGUGUCAGCUCUAUAAACAGGAUGACUCGUAAUCUCGUCCACAGGAUUGUCCGGAACAAGGCGGCGGAGAAGGCCAAGCAGUCACCCCAUAGUCCCCAGCAGUCACCCCAGGGCGCUGGCACGCCCAACUCCGUGGGGCCCAUGGCGUCCGGACCCGUGGCUACCUCUGCGUCCAACAACGCCCCGGGGUCGGACAGCGCGCAGAACGGGUCGUCCUACAGUAUUAACGGCAUCCUGGGCAUUCACCACAGCAACCCCGAAAAGGUCAAGCGAGAAGGAGACAGAGAAACUGGUCCUGCCAUGGAAAAUGGCAUGAUAGUCAACGGUGACCCGGAGCAGAAGCGUUCAACGUUCACACCAGACCAACUAGAAGCCUUGGAACAAGCGUUCAAUCGUGGCCACUACCCAACCGACCCCUUUAACAGGGACAACAUGUCAAACAAAGUGGACUUGUCACAGACCCGAGUCCAGGUUCCACCACAAGUGUAGCAAUGACAGACACAGCACCUCACGUCCCCACCGGCCACUAUCCAGUUGCUGUUCCAGCCACCACCCCACCCUCAGCCUCAGCUCCAUCCAACAGUGCCUCCCCCCCUGGGAGCGCCAAGUCCUCCGAACCCCCUCCCUCCCCCACCGCCACUACCACCACCACCACCACUGCUGCAACCUCAAACACCGGAUCGCUCACUGUACUGCAGCCAGUGGGGUCGGCAUCCUUAGGGGGGUACCCCCUCUCGACCCACGCUGGGUCAGGUACCCCCUCGUUUGGACAGUACACCAGCCAGGGGGUUCUGGCAGGUCUUCCACAGUCGGCAGUGACGCCAGGCCGUGACAUGCGAGACAUGAACUCUACCCUUCCUGGUUACCCACCGCAUGCCCCACCUAGCAACCUAUCAGGACAGACGGGCUAUCCCUCCAACACGAUGGCUACCGGACUGGUCCCGCCCAUUGUUCUCCCCUCCGCAUCAAACUCCUAUAGCAGUGCCAGCACUAUGUCAGGCAGUGAUUACUCAUCCCAGUUCUCUGGCGUCCCGUACACUCACGCACAAUAUUCCAGCCACUACAACGAUGCUUGGAACCAGAUGCGUUACCCCACCCCAGGGAUAUUGAUUGCUGGUCCUUCUCAGGCAGGCCUGCCCUCAUCAUCAUCAUACUCUUCCGACUCCAGAGGGCUGGUUUUUCUAAGGUCAGAUUAUCCUCAAGCCGAGGCCCAGCAACAGCCGCAGCAGCAGCCCGGCAAUACAGUACAUAAGGACAUCUCCCUGGCAGACCUGCGCAUGAAGGCCAAAGAACACACCGCCGCCCUCGGCCUGGCGUGCUAGGCACAACAACAAGGCAACUUCUUCUCUUCUCACGAGGCCCCCUAUUUGACAAGGUGGUAAUGCAGGAUGUGAGAUAUGGGAAUAGGAACAUAUUCUUAGUUCUGUGUUGAAAGCUGGUCUGGAGAAACUAGAAAUUGAUUUGUUGAUGCCUCUUACACAUGUGCAUAUCCUGCCAAAACACACCUACCUGAUCUAGAGAAAAUUGCACAGACUUACUUUAUUCUCUCCACUGCCAUGGCCUGCCUAAAAUUAACAAUACAAAUUUUGGGAUGAAAUUGUACCCAUUUGUAAAACUGAUUGGAAUAUGUUGGCUUGAAGAGAUUUUGUUUUUAAAUUGCUGAUUCAGACAUUUUUACGUACCAAACAUUCCAGAAAUGCUCCUGUGGUUGUUUGGUAAGGCGAACUGUAUCACCAGGUGGUCUGUUCAUUGAUUGGUGAUCAUUCUAAAUUACCCAAUUGAAUAUGGUAAUAUGUGCAUACAUAAAAAAUUGCAGCCAUGCAUUCAUACCAGAGACGACAAGUAAGUUGUGCACUUUUCUGCCCAGUGCAUACCCAUGUAGGCACCAUCUCCAGUCUGCGUAAUGAUGUGUGUACUUAAUGGCAUUUCAAUAACAACUACAUGUAUAUUUUGGCUAAGCAAAAGGAGAGGAUUUAACAUAGCUUCACCUUUACCACUUGGAGAUGGUUGCCAAGAUUACCCAUGCUUCUCUAAUCAACACAUUUUGUACAGUGUUGUCAUGGCAACAGACCUCAGUUGUGCAACCAAAAGCAGAUGUUUCCGUCUUGUACAUUUCUCCCAAAGUUCCUUGUGGUAUCAGCCAAAUGUAGAGUUAUAUUUCUGGACUAUAUUGUGCAAGGUUUUAUCAUACUCGUGUUGGUUCUUCGCAAUGCUGUUUUACAUAGUUGAGAUUGUAUGUAAGUAUAAGCUAGACCAGGGCACUGUUUGUGCUUAGAGCAAUCAUGUGUAUCUUUUCAGCUACAAUGUGCAAAUAUGGAUGACUUGUGGAAAAAUAUCUUGGCUUGCAUCAAUACUUAAUAUGUAUAUAUCAACUUUUGAUCUCAUAAUAGUCUUUUACGUGAAGUCUGAUGACACAUUACUGAAUCAUUGACUGACGGGUUCGGUCCUUCUUUGAGGCAUUUGCCAUUGCUAAAACCAAAAAUACAUUGUAAAAUGUUACCAUAUUAUACCAAUCAUCCAGUUAAGCUUUCAAAUGCAUUGCGGAUUAGUAGAUCAAGUGGAUUAAUCAUAGUUGGACUUUGCGAAAACACCUAUAAUGAUGAUUUUGUGCUGAUCUGAUUUAGCGACAAUCCGGCCCUGCUGUUUUCCAACAUUCUGUACUUAUAUAUCAUCUGUGAGGAAUGUGGGAUGGUAAAACGAACGAGAUGUGGCAGUUAAUUAGUAGAAGAACACACAAAUUAUCCCUGUGAUGAAGAGUGGAGCCCAGGAUCGCUCCUUGGGGGUCGCGGCACCAGAAAUUCUAUAAUAACACGGAAUCAGGACAUAAUUGGACCAGAGAACACCCGGGCGAAAUGAUUGGAUUUCCACAACCACAAUUUUUCAAUAGAACGAUACAAAAGUGAUCCUAUGAGGCGAGGGGAAGCUGGAAUGUGUCCCGGGGUGAGGUGGGCCUGUUUUAUGGCCUAUCAUGGCUAGAAUGGUGCAAAUCUACAGGGAUCAUUCUUACAAAUAGUCUACAGGAUGGUGAACUGUUAAGACUGCUUGUAAUGAUGUUACGGAUUUCUAAGACUUGCCCAGAAAGUGGUAAAAUUCUCCUUCUAUGUGGCUAAAAACAUGCUAACCAUCCUCGCAGGAGGAUGUUUCACAGCUUGCGUCGCCAUGGUUUCCAUGAUUACAUUAAGCUAAUGUAUGCAGAGGGCAUAGUCAGCAUGCAAUGGUGUCGCCACUUUAUGGUGGGAGAACAUUUCGCGGCUGCUACCCAAUAAUGAAUCCAUAUUAACACAUUCUACGAGAGGCUCUUAAUGCUCUGUAUUCUCCCCCCAGGGUGAGGAAAGACAUUUAAGAGGGCAGGACCCCAGUGCUUCCAAGUAACGUAUAUAUGUAUACGUAGGGCGAUAUGAGUGACCAGAUAUACGUUAAGUGUAUCUAAGUCUAGGUGUAGAGUGUUGUUACCCUAUCUUUGAUGAUGUACAUAUCUAACAAAGAAAACCUUUCCUAUGUAGUGGUAGUGUCAGUAGUGUAUAUGGGAGCUGUUCAUAGUAGGUAUGCAUACCAUAUACAAAAGAGAUGUACCACUAUUACCUUUAUAAUGUGUGACUGACAAAAACUGCUGUAUAUGUUAGCCGAUGUACACUUCAGGCCAAUGAAGACAGAAAGAAAGAGUGUAUGUAGUGUAUCUAUGCAGUUUGCUUUUGCAUUAUUUUUUCAUGUUGAGUCCAGCAUUUUUACGGCGUAAUGUGCAAGAUAAGAGAGUCAACGACUCUUGUGUUACAUAUAUUUCCGUGGUGUAUAGUGGUUUCUAUGGUUAAGAGGUUCCUAAAGCUUGUGUUACAUUUGUUGUUUCUUUGUACCCUGAAAGUUAUAUUUUGGUUUUUGUAACCUAUAUUUAUAUGGAUAUAUUGUUACGAUCUUGCCAUUCCAAAUAAAAAGAAGCAUCAUUCCAUUUUGGAUGACUGGA